UCAGUACAAGAUGGCGGAGGGGGACGAGGUAUCACGGAGGCAGCAGCCGCACCAGGGGCUGCGGCGCCGGCGGCGGACCAGCGACCCAAGCACCGGGGUCAACCACGUCUCGUCCACGACCUUGCUAGGUGAGAAUUAUGAAGAUGAUGACCUAGUAAAUUCUGAUGAGGUUAUGAAGAAACCAUGUCCAGUACAGAUUGUUCUUGCUCAUGAAGAUGACCAUAACUUUGAGCUUGAUGAAGAAGCUUUGGAGCAGAUAUUGCUACAGGAGCACAUUCGUGAUCUUAACAUAGUAGUGGUAUCCGUGGCAGGAGCUUUUCGUAAAGGGAAAUCAUUUCUACUGGACUUCAUGCUUAGAUAUAUGUAUAACAAGGAUUCUCAAAGUUGGAUUGGUGGAAACAAUGAACCAUUGACUGGUUUUACAUGGCGAGGUGGUUGUGAACGAGAAACAACAGGCAUACAAGUCUGGAAUGAAGUGUUUGUGAUCGACAGACCUAAUGGAACAAAAGUGGCUGUGCUGCUAAUGGAUACUCAGGGUGCCUUUGAUAGCCAGUCAACAAUCAAAGACUGUGCAACAGUGUUUGCUCUGAGCACUAUGACUAGCUCAGUCCAGGUAUAUAAUUUGUCUCAGAAUAUUCAAGAAGAUGAUCUUCAGCACUUGCAAUUAUUUACAGAGUACGGCAGACUUGCAAUGGAAGAAAUCUACCAGAAACCAUUUCAGACAUUAAUGUUUUUGAUUCGAGAUUGGAGUUAUCCUUAUGAACAUGCAUAUGGUUUGGAAGGUGGAAAACAAUUCCUUGAAAAGAGAUUGCAGGUAAAACAAAAUCAACAUGAAGAGCUACAGAAUGUAAGGAAGCACAUUCACAAUUGUUUCUCAAAUCUUGGUUGCUUCCUUUUACCACAUCCUGGUCUUAAAGUUGCAACUAAUCCUAGUUUUGAUGGGAGAUUGAAAGAUAUUGAUGAAGACUUUAAACGAGAGCUUCGAAAUCUGGUUCCAUUGCUGCUUGCCCCUGAAAAUUUGGUAGAAAAAGAGAUAAGUGGAUCUAAAGUCACUUGUAGAGAUCUUGUAGAAUAUUUUAAGGCUUACAUUAAAAUUUAUCAAGGAGAAGAACUUCCACAUCCAAAGUCCAUGCUUCAGGCAACAGCUGAAGCUAAUAAUCUUGCUGCAGUAGCAGGAGCAAGAGAGAUUUAUUGCAAAAGUAUGGAACAGGUAUGUGGUGGGGACAAGCCUUACAUUGCACCUUCAGAUCUGGAGCGAAAACACCUGGAUUUCAAGGAAGUGGCGAUUAAACAGUUUCGCUCAGUAAAAAAAAUGGGUGGAGAUGAAUUCUGCCGUCGUUAUCAGGACCAGCUUGAAGCUGAAAUUGAAGAAACCUAUGCAAAUUUUAUAAAGCACAAUGAUGGCAAGAAUAUCUUCUAUGCUGCUCGUACCCCUGCCACACUGUUUGCAGUCAUGUUUGCCAUGUAUAUAAUCUCAGGACUGACUGGCUUCAUUGGCCUAAACUCUAUAGCUGUCUUGUGUAACCUGGUCAUGGGGUUGGCACUGACAUCUCUUUGUACUUGGGCAUAUGUUAAAUACUCUGGGGAGUUCAGAGAAAUUGGAACAAUGAUUGAUCAGCUUGCUGAAACACUAUGGGAACAGAGGAGUCCCAGGAAGGUGUUUUCCAAACUGUUUGAAGUUACUAGACGCCGAAUGGUUCAUCGUGCUCUUUCAUCAGCACAGCGACAGAGACUGUCAUCCAACAAUAACAAGAAGAAAAAUUAGACAGUAUUUUAAACUUUUUUCUCUAUCUGAAGUGUUCACACUUAUACAUGUAGGACAAUAAGCAGGACCGUCUGGGCCGGUCUGCAUAAAUGCUGUGUACAUACCAGAUUUGAUGCUGCAUAUAGGGUAUGGAAUUGCACAUCCAUCUCAUAGGACUGUACAUGGUUUGAAUAAGAGGAAAGUGAUUUUUGUUAUAUUAUAAAAUGUCUAACUGCAUUAUUUGUAGCAUUGUAACUUUUUUGGGGGAGAAGCAUCUUUUUAUUUUCCACAUUCCUGGUUAUUUUCUUCAUUGCUUUGAAUUGAAUUUUUAUAUCUAUUUUUAUAUGUAACUCUUUUUUUACCUCAUGUUUUUAUUUGUUUUGCACAUUUCUCAUACCACAGGUAUUGAAGCCCCUGGGUGAUAAUUUGAUGGAGGAAAACAUAAGGCAGUCUGUAUCAAACUCCAUCAAAGCAGGCCUGACUGACCAGGUGUCUCAUCAUGCCCGGUUACAGACGGACUGACAGUUCAUCUCCUCAUGGACUCCACUCCCUCUUUUUUCAUGCUUGCUGUACAAUGAGAACUCCAAUACAAAUAAACCAAAGUUUACAAUCAACUGUAGAAGUAGUUUAGUACAACUGGCUUCACAUAUGGCUGCCACAGAGUGUGAAAAUUGUUGGUUGGUUUUAAGCAUUCUUUUCAUGGCUCCUAAGGCAUGGAGAUUAGCUGAGGAGCAGUAGUUUAUCAUGCACAGUUGUGCCAUGUUUUUAAUUCUUUUUCUUUUUACUUAAUCUAAUGUUAGUGAAAUUUGUGUUAUGUAAAAGGAUAUUUCAGGGAAAUAUUUUAAGAAAUCUAUUUAGAGUCUAACACAGUGUCCCAUUGACUUUUAAUUUUUAGAGAAGUUAUGAAUCACUGUAUAAAGAAUCAGAUUGGAAUGACAAUGAAGCCUUUAUUGAGCCACUACAUUAAAAGUAUAUAUUGCUUUACUGCCUUCAGUACCAGUAUUACAUAAAUGCAUGUAUCAGAAACUUCACAGAAAUUACAUGACAACUCUUGUAGCUGAGAAAGUGAUUCUGAGGUGUACAUUUGUCUUGCCUUUUUAAAUUUAUAAACCUGCCCUAAAAGGAGAUGCAUAUCUGGGAAACUGAACUGUCAUUAUGCAGUUUAGCCUUCAUGUACAUAAAAUAUGCCAUUAAUUUUAUUGGGGGAGAAAUUCCAUCCAAAAAUGUUGCCUACACCUAUGAGUUAAGAGUGUCUGUACAGUGUGUAGCUUUUAUUUUCUAAACUCACAGAUAGGGCAUGUAUAUGAAUUAUAAAUAUAUAAAUAACGAUUUUGUAUUAAAAGUUUUGUAGUUUAUGGCAAAAUCUGGUUCUGUGGUAGGCUAAUAAGUGCAGUCCCUGUGAAGGAAUGUUUGUGGCUCACGUCAGUGUGUGAAUUCAUAGACUUUGAAGUUUUUGAUAUAUUUGUGAUAUUUAUCUUCCUUGAGCACUGCAAUCUACCCCCCCCCCCCCAAGGGAAUCCAAUGGGAAUGUUGAUCGUGACUUUGUCCUCUGUUGCAUUUUAAAGUUAU